AGCGCCACAAGUUCAAGUGGGACCUUCAAAGAAAGUUCAGCAAACACGUUGUAACCACUUUGAACUUGUAAAAACUUUUAGUGGUGUGUGACUUUUUUUUCUUGCUAGGUGAAACUAGGAGCAAUUAGGCAAUUAACAAUAAAAUGAAGCUAAACAAAUUAAUUCUGAUCGUUGGUGUGCUGUGGUGUCAUCAAUUCGUGGAGAUAUCGACCGCGCCAUCACCGCCAUUCAAACCCAGUCAAAGACUGCCCGGUCCUUUGGACUCAUCAGAUCAACUAGCGAUAGCUUACCUUGAAAAAGAAGCAGCGCGUGAAAAACGAGGAUCUUCGGCUUCCGGCAGCGGAGAUAUUCUAAAACACAUUAAGAAGUCCAUCGGACAAGGCAUCAAGAACAAAAUCAGUCAAAUUGCGAAAAGUUCAGCUGGUGCCAGUGCAUACUUUAGUAAAUCAAGCAGUGCCCAUCAUCAUGGACCACCGGAGCAUGGUCAUCACAUACCUUACCCACCACCACACCCACCACAUUAUUAUCCAGUACAUGGGCAUGGAUAUCACCAUCAUGAAGAUAAACCGUUUGAUAUUUUUGACUUAAAAAAGUCAGUGCUUUUCACCCUGCUGCAAGCAGUCAAAGCAAUCAAAGGAGGUGUGAUAGCCAUCAAAGGACAACUACUGAAAGGUGGCGGUCAUUUGCUGACCGCCAAAGGAAAACUGAUUCGUGGAGGCGGUGAAGCACUCACAACGAUCGGAAAGAGUAUUGCUUUAUCGGCCUUCCAUUUGAUGCCCGAAUCACACGAAGAUGACGAGGGUAUCAUUCAUGAGGCACCAGCAGAAGAACAUCCGGCUACAGGUUACGGAUACUCGGCACCAUCCGCCCCUGGACAUGACAUCCCAGCGAGUAGUUACGGCCAUCCGACAGGGGGCGCUUAUUAUCACAAUUCAGUGUACGACGGCAAACCACCGCCUCCACACCCACAUCAACACGACGGACUAAUCAUACUGCGAAAAAUACCGAAAAACCUGCGCCACCCGGGCGACAGCGACGGGGACCACACAAACGACGAACAUCAACAGCAACAUGAACAACAUGUACAACAUGAGGCACAUGAGGAGACGCACCAUCACCACCAUCACGGUCAAUACGUACAACAACACGAACAAGACCAACAAGACGUGCAAGAAUCACAAAAAACACCCGCGUUCCGUCCCUUAUCCGAUGGGAUCGUGCCCAAAAUGAAAAACCUUGUCACCUCCGUUUUCCAGUCAUCCGCGUAUCCCACCAAACACACCGCAUACGACAAUACACCCAGUCAUAGUCAAUACAACGCCCAGUAUAACAUAAAACAGAAUGUCGAGGCUAAUCAAGCAAAUGUAAAAGUUGCGCCGCAGCAAGCAAGUGUUGGGUCACUGGUGAAUUAUUUAGAGUAUAUUCGUGGUUUACAAAAGACUAAAACAGGUGCUGAUAAAGGCCAAAAGGUAUUAGAGAAAGGCGAAGCGGGAAAAGUGAAAAACGCUGUUUAUGUCACCCCGGCUCCGCAGGUAAACGGAAAAGUGAUUAAACAACAACAUGCAGAACCCAAUGCCCAUGAAUCACAGAAUCAAGCAGCGCCUGAGGUUCCGGGUAAUCAGAAUCAAGUGUCCCCUGAGGUUCUCAAGCAGGAAACUGCACUGCUCGAGCAACAGUUGCAACAAUUAGCUAGUUUACAAAACUUCCAACAGCAAUUGCAAUUGAUUCAUCCCUAUGCUGCUGAGGGAUAUCAACCAGUUCAAGUUCAAGGCCCUGUUCAGGGUCAGCAACAUCUUCCGAAUCAAAUUCAGGCAGGGCAAUUAGAUGCCCAAAACUAUCCGGUCGUUUUAGAUCUUCCCGGGAAUAUGGACCUAAGUUCACUAUUUACUCAAUAUCAGAUUGUCCCUGAUGUCCCUCGGGAUAUUCAGCAGGUUCCAAUAGUCAAUAGUCAAAGUCAACCUCAACAAUAUCUUGAAGACCCAAUGGUCGAAGCUGAAUCCUCAAAUAUUCCCACCUUUUUGAUUCAUGUGCCUGAUGAAGACGAAGUCGAAGAAGAUAGAUCUUUGCGACCUACUUUCAAACCCAAAUCAAAGCGCCAUUUACGUCCCCUUCAAGUUUCGCCAACUUCUCAGCGUCCUGUGAGCAAAGUAAAAAAGUUGUCACAAUUGCAGCAAGUGCAAUUGAUGCAACAACAACUUUAUCAUCUGCAACCCCAAGCAAAUAACAAAAAAACGACCAAACAAACUAAAAGAUCACCUACGUUUGACGUAGUACGUUCUAUUUCGUUUGAGAUUGACCCGAAUGGAGCAAUCAUAGCCAAUAAUUAAACUUGUUUACUGAAUUAGGCAACCCAAUAUGACGGCGUGUAAAUUUUUGACUAAAAUGACCAAAAUGACCCAUUAUAUGACUGAUUUACCAACGACAACAUAAAAUAUUAUUGCUUAUUAACG